AUGAUAGCAUCAUGGAGUGCACGAUUAGGAGAUGCUGUUUGCAAACUAGUACUCCUACCUGUCGUGGGUUUGAGUCUAUGCGGUUGCAUGACAAUUGUGCUUGGUCUACAAUGGAUGGAGACGUUGCAACGUCAGCAUCAGAUAUUCAAGUGGCGUGCACGUAUGUGGGCUGCACUGUUGACACUAGUGCCGACCUUAUUGCCGUUUAAGCGACUCGAGGUGUCUAUGGUAUCAGCAGAGAAGAGUUCAUGUUUGGAUCAAGUGGAGAAAGAACGACGACGUGAGUCUUCUGAUAGUGAUCACAAGAAAGACGUUGAUAACGGUGAAGACAACUCGCGGUCUGUGAAGCGACAAAAGACGGUGACUCAAGAGAACGUGAAGGAGAGACAGUCUAGCGACGAGAAGAAAGACCAAGAACAAGUUGGUGAAGAAGAGGACGAAAAAGAGGAUAACGAAGAUACAACAGAGGAGAAACGCAAGACGAAAGGCUUGAUGAAGCUGCGAGUGCGAAGACGCGUGUUUAUCUGGGACCUAGAUGAGACGCUGGUGCUUUUUGCUUCGUUGUAUACUGGAGCAUUUGCUCAAACACACGGCAAAGAGGUGGCGCCAGGUGUUGUACUAGGUGAACAGAUGAUGACCUUCAUGCUGACCAUGUUGGAGCGACACUUUUUCUUUAGUGACUUGCAUGAUACAGAUGUAGACCAUAUUGCACAUGUAACUUCGACGACAACUGAUGAAAAACUUAGUGUACAGGAGCGAUAUGAACGUAUUCGUGAGAUCUAUGAACGUCGUGGCCACGUGGACUUUCUUCAUGAUGCUAAUAGUGAGUGGUUUGCCAUUCAUAAUGCACUCAUUUCUGCUAUCGACAACUUUUCAACUGGCUGGCUGAACGAAGCUCGUCAAGUACUGGAGCUUAUUGCCGAGUCUGCAGCAGGAUCCGUCAAGUCCAAAGCAUGUCCUGACAAUGCCAGAAAUGAAGAGGAAGGGGUGGAGAAUGUGAAUGUGCUGGUUACAAAUACCCAAUUGGUGCCAGCUUUGUGUAAGUGCCUCAUUUACCAACUGGACUCGUUCUUUCCGAUUGACCAUGUGUACUCCUCGGCAAAGGUACACAAAUACCACUGUUUUGAAACAAUCUUGAAGAAGUACGACGCACCAGACGUGGAAUUUGUUGCUAUUGGUGACGGACUUGAGGAAGAGCAUGUGAGUCUUGCUCUUGGUCUUCAGUUCCACAAAAUCCGAUCACUUGUGGACCUCAGACGACUGCGGUACGAUCUGCAGCUUGUUGAAGUCCACAAUAGCUGUACGCCACACUCUGCCACGGCAAUCGACUCUCUUCUUGUUCCAGCAGUGCCGAUGUCUGUAGCUUCCUCUCCGAUUGAUCAAACUACAGUAGUCUAA